AUGUGCAACGAAAACAUCCAAAGAUGGACCGACAAGGUGAUGCUGAAAAUUAUCGAAAGCCUUGGAUUGGAUAUUAGCGAAACUCGAUAUGAGUUACUUAAACUUCCUGGUUAUUUUAUUAUGUCCCACAUGUACCGUGUACGUCUGCAAUUUGAGAACAAAGCAAGCAAACAGAACGAAGAACUAUCUAUGAUACUAAAGAGACCCAUGUCAGCCAGUUUUAGUCAAAUAGCUCGUAUUGAUCUUCAAUUUCGCAACGAGAUUCUGUUCUAUCAAAUGUACAGCCAACCGGGUGAGAAUUACGCGAGAUGCUUCUACUUUGAAGAACGACCGCCUACCGAUUCUGUAAUCGCCUUGGAAAAUAUCAACGAACAAGGAUAUUAUCCUUAUCCACGUAAAUAUGACCCUCCAAUCGAAUACACAUUAGCGGCGAUGCGUGAGCUGGGACGAUUUCAUGGCAAAGGAUAUGUCAUGAAGGAAAUGCAGCGAGAGAAAUUCUUCGAUAUCGUGGCGCGAAUUCAAGAAGUUCGAUACACAAAGAGGACGGAGAGUAUCUACGAGUUUCAGAGCGACAUUAAGGCUUUACGAGUGGUGGAAUAUCUUCGCAGUCAGGGUCAUGAUGCAGUUUUUUGUGAUAAAAUGGAAGCGAUACUUUCGAACGCGUUUGACAAAGUAAUGAUGAAGACGGUGCAGCCCCAUGAACCCUUGGCCACGUUGUGUCAUGGUGAUUUUACGUUGAACAACAUUCUCUUCAAGACAGAAAACGAUGGACGAUAUCGCGCAAUGCUAAUUGAUUUCGCGCUUAUCACGUACUCGACCCCCGUCGUUGAUCUAUCCACUUAUUUUUAUUUAUGUUGUUCCAACGAAAUGAGGAACGAGAAAUUUUCCGUGUUUAUGCGAGCCUACCAUGACUCACUCAAGGAAUAUCUAUUGGACGCUGGCAUACAGGAUAUUGAGAAAUACUCGUAUAACGCUUUGUUGGACGAUUACAAGAGAGGUGCUCUUUUUGGUUUUGUUGUUAUGUGCAUCUUUAUACCGACGAUAUUGGGAUAUCUUAGUCCAGAUAUACUAGUGCAAGAAAUAGUAGAUUUGGGUCCUUUGGAAGCUAUGAAGAAACAGAGACACGCCGGCGGAGACGAAGUAUCUAAAAUACUAGCUGAUUCCUUGCUGCAUAUGAGAGAUUUUGGCUGUCUGAAUCAUAUUUUAUAA